AUGGCCAGGGAUAGAAACAUCCAGGCAGCAAUGCUGAAACAGACACUUGUGGAAUCUAUGGUAGAUGAUCGCGACCUCGCACCCGACGCAGCUCACGCCGUUGCUUACAGGAAGGGGGACAACAACGUGACAGGGUGGGCAGCUCUUCCUAGUGAAAAGGGCGAUGCGGAUGUCUCGUACAAUGCUUCUCUCGCCCGGGCGAAGAGCCUGUCUUGGUUACGAGCUACCAUCGACGUAGUGGACUCGGAUCUGUUUCGAGGCGAAGCUGCAAAAUUUGCCAUACGAAUUGCGGCCGACGACAUUACCAUUGAAUUUCACUUGUAG